GCGAUGUGUGAUUUUCGUCGUCUGCUCUAGUUUUAGUAUAACUUUGAUUCUAUAACCGCACUGAAUUCUUUCUCUCUAAUAUGUUCUUCUUAUGUAUUUAUUCACAUUGAUAUUUUAUUUGAUAAUUUUGUCAAUGAAUUCUUUAAAAAAGAAAAAUUUUACAUUGUUUUGAAUAAAUACUUUUAUAAAACAACGUAGUUGUCACAAAAUAAAAAGAAAGAAAAGAUGAACUCGAUUGUAAAUGUUAAUCCUCGAAAUUCCGAUAGACCAUGCCAGCCAAAAUCAUUUGGCGAAAUCCACGACAAUUUCAAUUGGAUUGAAUGUGUUUCAAAAAGAAAUCCAAAUGUUAAUUAUUUCUAUAAUAUGCGAACACAUUCUAAAACUUGGUCAAGACCAGUUCCCGAUUGUGUGAAUCUUCCAUUUUUUAAUCCAUAUGCGGUCCCACAAGAUAGAGACGAAAAUGACGAGAAUGAUGAUGACAAAUUUUUUGCAUUUGUUUCCGAUUUGGAAGAAGAGGAAUUUUAUGACGACGACGACGAUAACGACGAUAAUCGACUACUUAAAAUGAAGGAAAAAAAAAUUCAAGAAACUGCUCUUAAAAUUGGUUCACAACUUUAUUACAGUGGUUCGCGAAAUUUGCGAAAAUCACGCAAAAGAUAUCACAGCGACAAUGAUGACGAUGAAGAAAAAUCAUCAAAUAAUUCACAAUAUUUUCCAAUAAAUGAUUUUUUAGAAUUUGAUCUUCAAUCAGAAAGUUCAUCAAAACGAAUGCGUUUCUCAAGUACAUCAACAUCAAAUAAUAAUAAUAAUAAUCAAUCAAAUGACGAUCAAGAGAAUCAAUUAAAUCUCGAACAUUUAACACUCGAUCAAUUUAAUUUUAAUCAAUUAAAUUCAAUGAAUUUAGAUGAAAUAAAACAAAAUCAAUUAUCCUUGGAACAAUUGUCAUUAAAUAAAUGGAAUUUAAAUGAAACAAAUGAAAAUGAAAUUUGUGAAUCAAUUAAUAAUAAAUCAAUAUCAUCAGAUGGAAGUUGUGAUUGUAGUCUUUGUUUAAUUCACGAUGAUGAAAAAUCACGUGACGCAUCUGGAAGCUGUGACAAUACAUCAUCACAAAAUAGUCUUGCUUCACGUUUUUCUGCACCUCGUCUAAAACAAAUAACACUCGACGAUCUACUCACAGAAACACCAAAGAAAAAACCACGUUUACGUAAAAAAAAUAAAAAAUUAUCCAAUAAAAAAAUUCAAUUAACACCCGAUAAACAUGUUUACGAUAUGUAUGGAACAAGAACAAUAAAUUAUGAACCAAAUUAUAAUUUUAUCAAUCAAAUUGAUCCAAAUGGUUUAGAAUAUUCACGACUCAGUGACGAUACAAGUGAUUCAAGUCCCAAGACAAUAAAAAUUGUGAAAAAAAAGAAAAAAAAUUGCGACAAUUUUCUUCGACGUUUAGAAAAUCCAAAUUUAAGUGAAACUAAUUCUUCAAAUGCAGAAACAUCGAGUGAAUUUGAAGAAAAUUCAAGUCCAAAUAUAAAACGUCUAACAAUAAUUGUCGAACGUUUAUCAAAUAAUGAUAAUGAUAAUGAUAAUUUUCAAAUAAAACCAAAAAAAAAAUCCUAUCGUGAAAUUUUGGGUGAACGUCAAUUAUACAUAAAUCUCGAGAGAUUGGAUACAAAGAGAAUUGAAUUUUUAAAAAAACAAUUAACCAAAUUAAAAAGAUCGCCAUCAAAUUUAUCUGAAUUCAAUACAAAUUCUGAUUCAAAUUCAAGUCAAAGAUUACGUCGUUCUUGUCGUACAAAAGCGAGUUAUCGUGAAUUAACAGAAUCAGAUUAUUCCGAUACAACUGAAAGUAAAUCAUCAAUAAAUUCAAGACGAAAAUCAAAUUUAACACCACGUAAUAAAAAAACAAAAUUGAUUAAUAAAAAAUUAAAUUUCUCAAUAAAAAAAUCAAAUUCAAAUUUAGAUACAAAUAAAUUUAAUUUAACAAAAAAUAAAAAUACAUUACGAAGAAAAUUAAGUUCAUCGUCUUCAAUUGAUAUUCUACCAAUUUCACAUGAUAUUUGGUUUAUUGACGAUUCACAACCAAUGAAAAUUCGUUUACGUAAAUUUCGCAAUUCCGAUUCCAUAAGUACGCCAAGUUUAGGCGAUUCAAAUUUAACGAGACAUUUUCAAAUAGAAAAAGAAGAAAAUUCCCCCCACUAUGAAAAUAUAGAGAAAAUAGAUUUCGAAAAUUCACAAAAUUCCAAAAAUUUGACAUCAAUUGAAAAAAAUUUAAAAGAAAAUAAUUUCCAUUUAAAAUUAGAGGAUAAUUCACUACAAAUAAUUACUGAGGAAAAUAAUGAAAUUGAAAAUCCAUUUAAGGAAAAUUUGGAAUUUAUACUCAACGUCCAAUCGAGAAUAAAUUUAAACGACAGUAAAUUUAAUCAAACAAAAAAUGUGGAAAAUAAAAAUAUUCAAUUAACACUCAUCGAUAGAGAAGAAACAACAAGAAAUGAAGAAUUGGCAAAUAUUGAAGCUUACAAGGCAUCAAAUAAAAUUAUUGAACUUAUGAAUUUUGAUGAAAAUUCCCAAAAUGCAAAUGCCGAUGUAUUUGAUACAUCAAUAUCAACUACGUCGUCACAAAAAAUUAAUGAUUUCACGGAUAAUUAUCAUAUUUUCAUUCAACAAUUAUCACAAGAAAAUAAUGAAUAUUCAAUCAAAGAAAAUCAAUUAGAAGAAGAAAAUUCACAAUUUUUCCCUAACGACAAUAAUUAUUCAUCGAAAAAUUUAAUAAAAAAUUAUAAACAAUCAAUGGGAUUUUGUCCAAUUGAAGAUUCGGAAAAUUCAUUAUAUGAUAAUAAUCAAUUAAGUGAAAUAAAAAAAGAAUAUUUAGCAAAAAUUUCCAACAAUCAAGAAAUUUUAAUCGAUAAUUGUUAUUCAAUUUUAGAUAAAGAAAUAGUGAAUGCAAAUUUUUCAAUUGAAAAUAAUUUUCACGAUUCGAUGACAAAAAAAAUUCAUAUUAAUUUGAAUGUUGAAAAUUUGGAAAAUUUAUCAAUUGAAAAUGAGAGAAAUUUUUCAAAUCAAAUGGAAAUCAAUGAAAAUUCCCAAAAAUUGACAAUUGAAAAUCAAUUGGAUAAUAAUUUGGAAAAUCCAAUGGGCGAAUUAAUGGAAUUUUUACAAAUUAAAAAUAAUGAAAAAUCCAAAUUUUGGAAUAUUUUUCAAACUAAAGAAAAUGAAACAACAAAUAGUGAAGAAAAUUUGGAAAAUUCUUCGGAAAAAUUGAAAAUUUAUGAAGAAAAUUCCGAAAUUUUCAUUGAAAAUCAAGAAAGGGAAAAAAUAGUUUUAUUGGAAAAUGUAAAUAAUGAGAGGGAAAAUGUGGAAUUAUUAAAUAUUGAAAUUUUACCCGAGAAUGAAAAAAUUUAUUUGGAAAAUCAAGAAAUUUUGAAAAAUCAAUUUUCUACCAAACAAGAGGAAAAUUUUAAAAUUACAAAAACUCAUUUGGAAAAUGAAAUUAUUUUGGAAAAUUCAAAAAUUCUAAAUCAAGAAAAUAGUGACAUUCAAAGUGCGGUGGAAAUUUCGAAAAUAAAUCUUUCUCCCCCCAAAUUGGAAAUACAAAUGGAAAAUAUAAAAAUUUCAAAAAUUAAUCAUUCUCCCCCCGAAUUGGAAAUUGAAUCAAAAAAUUCAAAAAUUCCCAAUUCAUCUUUUCAAAAAUCACAAAUUCAACAAGAGGAAAAUAAUGAAAUUUUAAAAAUUCAAAAAAUACAUGAAAAUUUAAAACAACAACUUUCUCUAAAUGAAUCGAUAAUUCAAUUGAAAAAUGAAGAAAAAUCAUUGAAAAAUUCAUCGAAAUUUAUCGUUGAAUCAGAAGAAAAUUCAUCGUCAAUUUUAUUGGAUUUAUCAUCGGAAACUGAGGAAUUAUCGGAAAAUUCAAUCAGUGACAAUGACGAGGAGGAGAAAAAAUCAAUUCAUCAAUUUUGUUCACUAACGGAAAAAUUGAAAAAUUCUAAUGAAAAUUUAAAAUUAAAUUCGUCAAAAAUUUCUGACGAUAAUUGUUCGAGUACAACGGAAAAAAUAGUAUCACCCAUCAGUUCUUCGAUUGAUUUUGAAGAUGAAUCUGAUGUAACAAUAACAACAAAAACAACACCAACAGCAACAAAUAACGAAUCUCAUCAAAAAAUUACAAAUGAUGAACAUUUAUCACCAGGAAUAUCAUCAACAAUUUAUGUUUCAUCAACAGAACAUGACACUGACGAUGAAAUUGUUGCUUAAUUCUUCCUUAAAAAAAAAAAUAAAUAAAUUCCAAUUCAUUCAUUUAAAAAAAAUAAUAAUAAUAAUACCACCCACUCAUUAGGAAUUCAAAUAUGUAAAUUAAAUUAUAUGUAAAUUUUUUUUUAAACAAAAAACAAUUUAGCAGUAGAAAAAAAAAUUAUUUUUAAUUAUAGUUUAGAAGAUAGACACAAAAAGAACCAAAUAUUUAAUGAGCAGGACUUUAAAAAAAAAUUCUUUUUUAUAUUUUUGAUAAAUUUACUAAAUUAAAAGUGUCACUUUUUUUUACGCAAAUAUAUUAAUUUGAAGUUAUAUAAGUUAAAUUUUAUAGAAAUACAUUUUUCUUGACGAACUAUAUAAAUAUGAUAAUAUAAUUAUCGUAUUUUAAUUAUAUAAAAUAUAUAUAUAUAUUUACAAAUUAUUAUGUACUUCAUCAUACAUUGCGUGUGAUUUAAAGUAAAUAAGAAAUAUUAUGUUUGCAAAUAGUCUUCUAAUUAAGGAAGUUCAACGUUCUUGAAGACAAAGUUUGUAAGCAUUUAUCAUUUUAUGUACAUUUGAUAAUUUAUAAAACAAAAAAUAUAUAUUACUGUUUCAAGCAAAAUUUAA